UGUGCAGUCCGGACGCCGCCGACUCGAGUUAGUCGACGCCGAGCUGCCGCCGAGUGAGGAGCUCCAGGGGCACGAGCUCCGGCAUCCGAUUGGCCCUCAUCGUUAUCGUUUACACGAUUUCUCGCCGGCAGCUGCAUGCCUGCAGCCCGCGUCUCCCGAUAUCGGUUAGGGCAUCGCCGAAGCCCCGUGCCGAAAAAUAAUUCAAAUAUAAUAUCGUCGUAACGAGUCUGCGUUCGCCUAACGAGUCACCGAGAUGAGGGUCAUGGAACCGGUGUACCGGAUCCGAAUAUGCUUUACAAAGGUCGUGAGCUCGCGCUGAAAGUGGAGACAGUGUGCGAGUCUUGAACGGUUAUUCGACGGGUCGAUUUUGAUUGUUGUUCUUUUCAUUUGGGUAUUCAUUUUUCUAUCCUUAUUUUGUUUGUAUUGGUUUUUUUUUUGGAUAUUUUUUUAUUUUGGUUUUCAUUCCUCAUUCGUUGGUUUCGCUUCAUCGAGCCAGUUUCUUUCUAGUCCGAUUUUUCGAGAACACUGAGGGAACUAUAAAACUCAUUUUCGAUGUCGGUUAGCCGUUUCGCGUCACGCGUCAUAUGAUCUAAAUGCAAGAAGCCUGUAGUUACAUGUAAACACAUUGUGCGUUUCUUUUGGGAUACUUAUAUAUCUUCAGUCGAGUUUACCAAAACCUGACCAAGUGUAGCUGAAGAGGAGUGCGGUCCCACCGCUGCUGAGGAGAAAAAGAGAGAAGAAGAAGUAGAAGAAGAAGAAGAAGCAGGGCAGCUCGAAAGUCAUGGACUUUGUCAUUUUAAAGGUCAACGGAAAGGACGUUUCCAACUCGAGCCACGAGGACGCGGUUCGGUGCUUCGAGUCUGCCCAGGAACCCAUCAUCGUCGAAGUCCUGCGGCGGCAGCCGGGUCAUCAGAUGGUUCACCAGCAGACCGGGAAGGACGGUGGUACUGAGAGAGCGACGAACCAGGACAAUAAACUGGAGAAGGACGACGAGGAGACCGUCAAGGAAAUCAAUUCGGCGAGCAGUCCGCUCGUGUCCACAGCCGUCCAGACCGACUGGGCUGGUCUCAUCGAGGAGGAACUGAUCCUGGAUCCACUGAACAUCGAGGAACAACCGAACGACAGUUUCGAAGAUUAUUUACCCCAGCACAUAAACUUCGAGGAAGUGACGUUGCGGAAGAGCGGAAGUGCUGAGAAACUUGGUCUGACAGUGUGCUACAGUUCCGGUUCUGGUAGCGAAGACGCUGACACUGAGGUCUACAUCUCGGAAAUAGUUCCGGAAAGUCUCGCCGCACGGGACGGACGACUGCGAGAGGGUGAUCAGAUCCUACGGGUGAAUGGGCGAGACGUCGCAAACAAGGAACAAACCGAGUGUCUAUUCGCCGAAACUAAGAACGCCGUGACUCUGUUGGUCAGCCGCUGUUUCUACCAGGAUGACGAAUACGAUGAGCAACGUUUGUACCAGCACGAGUCACCGUCCAGUUCGCCGGACAACAAUCCGGCAUACCAAAACAGCAUGAUAGAGCAGCUUAUCAGGCAACAACAGGAGUCCGAGGACCUGACGAAAGACGGCGAGACGAAGACUCUGACCUCCGGAAAAGCCGCUCUACCACCGCCACCAGUUCCGUCUCACACAGCCCAACAGCUGCAGAUGAACAUCUCGCAAUCGGACGAGAGGAAACAGUGGGUGCAAGACGCGCUUAAAGAUUGUUCGAAAAAAAUGGAAGUGCUCAAUCUGAGGGCUCAGCAGCCUGGACCUCCAGUUCCCCCCAUCAGACUGAUGGAGGCUUACACGAGCCACGUUUGGAGCGAUACGGAGCACAUCUACGAGACGAUACCAGAGUCGGACAGCGAACCCAUAUACUCGUCACCUUACGAGCACCAUCACUGGGUCCAGACCCAGCAGAGCGUAGUCAUGAAUAACCGCUCGCAAACGGCGGGCCAGACAAAGCCGUGGAACUCGUCAUCAAAGAGUAACAGUUCCGGUGAGGAAAAGGAGAGCUCGAGUGCUUACAACACCGGAGAAUCUUGCCACAGUAAUCCUCUGACCUUGGAACUACAUCAGGGAGAAAAGGAUCACCAUAAAAGCACCCUAAUCCUGUGUCCACCGCAACAGAAGGGUCUGCAACAGUCGAAGACCAGCCCGAUGAUCAACGCAGCUACGAAUCCAACGGUGACACCGGUCACAGGAUGUUCCUGCCCACUCUCAACCUCGCAGCAUGCGGGAAAACAGCCUAAGACCCAGCCUUCUUCGAGGAAGAGCAGCCACCAGUCACAGAGGGAGCACAGAUCAGACGUUACCAAUGCCAGCACUCUUCCAGCGGACACGAUGUACACCAACGCGGCUAACCUUCAGCAGACGAUACUGCUCCAGCAGGAGCUGUUUAAACAGGCUCUCAUGACCCGUCAGACAUCCCCGGGUCAUUGUCAGAUCCGCGAAGGCGGCGCGAGGAAGUCGAAGUCCCACGGAAACUUUCAGGCUCCAAAUCUCACGCGGUAUCAAUUCGUCGGCAGCCAACAGGUCUGCACAUCGACGUGGGUCCCGCCUGAGGAUAAGUGCGAGGUGCAAAUGGAAUGGAAGGUUAAGAGGCGACCUGACGGCACCAGGUACAUCGCCAGGAGACCCGUUAGGAACAGGAUACUGAGGAACAGAGCCAUCAAGAUAUCGGAGGAACGCGCUGGGCACACAACGGAAGAUGACACCAUGUCGGAGAUGAAGGUUGGAAGGUACUGGACUAAAGAGGAACGCAAGAGGCAACUCGAACGGGCCAGAGAGAGAAAACAGCGUCAUCAAGAAGUGCAGCUGCAGCAGCAACAACAGCAGCAACAGCAGCAACAGCAACAACAGCAACAACAAAUUCCUCCACAGUUACAGUCGAACGAGUUAACGAUAGGCGACUACAACGACGAUAAGAUAAUGAAAAAACCGCUCAAUAUCGUCGAAUUAAGCCAGAAAAAAAUGGCACGGAAAAAAACUACGAUAGAUGAUUUUACGACGGUGCAAGAGAUGCUGGUACACGGGAACCGGGUUGGCGGUGGUUCUGGUCCAGGUACGGGUGGCAAAUUGAUGGGUCUUCUCUCCGUUACUACAGUUUAAAACGACUAUCUAUAAGCGUACGUAACGUGGUACAGAGACAAGUACGGAGAAAUGAGCAGGCGGUGAAUUUCCUGCAAGGUCGAUGACAGACGAGCCGCCAUUUACAGAGCAGCCUCGUUAUUAUUACUCGGGGCGACUUCAAGCAGAGGCAGCAAUUGCCGAAUCGGACAAAACUCUCAUUAGGUCGCAGCUUUACCUCCAGUGUGCGUCUCCUGGGCCACUGUUUUUAUUAUUAUAGGCGCUAUGUCGCCCAGCCAGUGGUCACUUUCGUACCUAAAGGUUACGGUGGCUGUGCCUUUUUCGAUACGAUCAACCAGUAAAUAAGUCAUACUACAUUAUAGUAUAUAUUCAUUACUCUGCAAGCGUUAUGUAUGUACGUGUAUAUCCGUAGAGAUGUUGUUAUUAUGCAUAUACGUAUUAUGUAUAUCACGCAGUUUAUUCCAUAGCGUAGAGAACGGCAUGUCUGAUUAACGGAACGCAAAUUCGAUCGGGUAUCAAAUAUGGCGCCGUGAUCUAUGGGCAGCCUCGAAGUUUUCUUUGCAGAUCAGGAUUGUUUAGCUGCCCGAUAAGACGAAAUUUCGACGUCUCCCUAUCAUGCCAGCUCCGGAAAGUUUACGCGAACUUAAAUUUCGCCAAACCAGAGCAGCGUUUAGUAGAACACAGGAGCUCAAUUCGCCAGUUGGCCGCAUUCUGCAUUUUUUCGUACUCCUUUAGACCAUUAAACUCUGUUUGAGUUCAAAUAAUGAUAAGAAAAACCAGUUCAAUAAAAGAUGGAUAAGCAAGCGGCGAAAGAACAGUGAUUUAAACUGAUUUAAAAACACCAAGUUGAUUGGGUGAACAAAUAAUACAAAGAAAAUCAAGCUAACCGAUCUAAGAGUGGCGCGUUCUAAGUAUAACUAGAUGUAAAAAUAAUCUAAUCGAGAAUUUUGUAAUAUUUGUAAACUAAAUAACGAUAUAGUAAUUCGAAGAAGACAAAACUGCUCGUUAAUUGGCGUAAGUUAAUAUGAUACAGACUAUACGUACACAUAGCUUGGCUGCAACUGUUAUUAUUUAUCCUUAUGUGCUUUUGAGAAAACAAAGCAAAAAAAAAAAAAAAACAAUCCGAGUAAAUCGUAAUACUUCUCGUAGAAACAAUUAGCACAUAUUAAA